AUGAUCACGUCAUUGUGCAUAAUAAAACUAGAAAUUGAUUUGAAAAGCGAGAUGACAAUGUCCGUUCGAACGGGUCCGGCAGACAGAAACCAUUUCUCCUUCCAACGACUGACGGACAGACACUCACACAUGAGAACACGAUCCGAACCUCACGCGUAUUUGCUUCAUCGACUGACCGACCGACCGACCGAUCGAGACACGCACAUACGCGUGCAGACAGAUAUUAGUGAUCAGGAGAGCGAGAUGUGGGACAAGAAGGCUCGGGAUCCUUCCUCCUGGAUAGCGGGUUCUCAGCUUAUCGUCUCCUGUGCACAAUUAUCACUGGCCUUGGGACAGCUCCUGUCCAUCGCAAUUAAGGUCACGCUUUGUGGAAAGACUGCAGCCCUCGUAAUAUCUGCGAGAUGCGAUUCGAAGAUUGGCAGCUCAAGAAUUCUUGAAACUGUCAUCUUCGCACUUUGCUUGUGGAUGCCACUAUUAUAUAUGCAUGUGUGCUUUUGCGCUCCAAAAGAUACAGGAACAGUAAUUGCGUGGAAUGUGUCGUGGUGUGGCAGUGGUCGAACGCUGAUAGAUGAAGUGGAAGCAGUAGACUUUGUCUUUUCCUCACCUGGUGGGUGGUUAAGAGAGGAAGACAAGAGUGGACGAAGAGUCGCCUGUCAACAGUUCCGAACACUUACUGCUGCAAGUCUUCCGGUCCGAGCCACGAAUAAGCAAGUGAUAACAAGACUUGCUAUCACCGUUGGAGCUUCCUUGGACGAAAUGAAAUAG